AUGGCGGCUCCCGGGGAGGCAGCUGGAAGCAAAGGCGCAGCAGCAGGCGCUGCGGAGGCAGCAGCAGCAGCAGCAGCGCGGGCGGCGUGGCUGCGUGCGGCGGCGCGCGGCGCGGGCGCGCGCAGCCGCGGCUCCGCGCUGGCCGAGCUGGAGCGGCAGCAGCGCAGCAGCAGCAGCAGCAGCAGCAGCAGCAGCAGCCCGCAGCGCUACCUCACCUUCGCGCAGCGCCAGGCCCUCGUCAACUCCCCAGCCCCCGCCUGGCUCCCCAUGCUCGUGGCCUUCGGGAUGAUCUGCUUCGUGUCGAUGACGCUGUCGGGUUUGGGGGGCGAGGGGGACUUGAGCAGGGGCGGGGGGGAGCGCUGGGAGCUGCCGCUGGCGGCGGAGGGGGCGCUGCAGCAGCAGCUGCUGCAGCAGCAGCUGCUGCAGCAGGCCGCAGCAGCAGCAGCAGACGCCGAGCCCGCCGACGCAGACCCGCAGCGCCCCCGCAGGUCCAGCCAGCUGCUGCUCGCCAGCCACGAGCAGGCCCUGGACUGGGUCGAAAGCAAACAGUCGCUGUCCACUUUGAUGCUGCGGCCUGCGGACUACGUCACUUUGCACGAGGCCCCGGCGCAGCUGCAGCAGCUGGCCUCGCUGCUGCUGCAGCAGGCCCGCGACCUGCAGCAGACGCAGCGCCUGCAGCCCUACAGCCACUCCAAGCUCUCGCUGCUGCUGCAGCAGGACCUCAUUGCUGCUGCGGAGCUCGUCCUCCUCUGCAGGAUCCUCGCCGCCAGGGGCGCCCUCGACGCCGCCCAGGUGCAGCGCCUGCAGCAGCUGCUGCAGCUCGCGCUGCAGCGCUUCGGGAAACAGUGGCCCGCAGCUAUUGGCCUUUCCCGCUACGUCCCCAGCAGCAGCGACCAGGAGCUCUACCUGCGGCUCGUCAGCGCCGUCGCCGCCGCGCUCGACGACGCCGUCCGCUUCUGCCUCGCCGAGGCUCAACAAAGUCCAGAAAAUGCAAAAAUUGACAAAAGAAAACGCGCGUGGAACGUCUUGACCGCCAGGUUCGACAUCCAGCGCCUCCUCCAGGGCGCCGGCUUCCCCGAGGUCGUCGCCGACGUCUUCCGCACCGAGUAG